GCCAGGAAGAUAGAGCAGCAACAAUAUGGCGACAUCCGCAGUUUCUCCCGGGUCCCUUCGACAUCCUUAGCGACACAGCAACCUGUAUGGAUCUCUCUUAAUGCCGGAAAAAGCUCACUGUCCUGGAUGGCUUCUAAAUAAAGAGGGCUCUGCUGCAGGAUGACAAUAUGGCUGCGCCGCUGCUCGCACCCCCAGGCCCCGACAGCUUCAAGAGGUUCACCCGGGAGACUUUGGCCAACAUUGAAAAGCGUAUCGCAGAGGAGAAGAAGAAGAAACCUGUCAAGCCCCGAUCAGACAGCAGUCACCGCGAUGAUGAUGACGACAGUGGCCCUAAGCCCAACAGCGAUCUGGAGGCGGGGAAGAGUCUGCCGUUCAUCUACGGGGACGUCCCUUCGGAGAUGGUGGCAGAGCCUUUGGAGGACUUGGACCCCUUCUAUAUGAACAAGAAAACCUUUAUAGUGCUAAACAAAGGGAAAACGAUCUUCCGUUUCAGUGCCACGCCCUCGUUGUAUAUCAUUAGCCCUUUUAGCCUGCUCAGGCGAAUAGCUAUUAAAAUUUUGAUACAUUCAGUUUUCAGCAUGAUCAUUAUGUGUACAAUUUUGACCAACUGUGUGUUCAUGACCUUCAGCAAUCCCCCAGAAUGGUCCAAACAAGUAGAAUACACCUUCACAGGGAUCUACACCUUCGAGUCCCUCACAAAGAUUGUGGCUCGAGGGUUUUGUAUAGACGACUUCACGUUUCUCAGAGAUCCCUGGAACUGGUUGGACUUUAUGGUCAUCUCUAUGGCAUAUGUAACAGAGUUUGUGGACCUGGGGAAUGUGUCAGCCCUGAGAACCUUCAGGGUUCUACGAGCUCUCAAAACUAUUUCUGUCAUACCAGGACUGAAGACCAUUGUGGGGGCUUUGAUCCAGUCUGUGAAGAAGCUGUCUGAUGUGAUGAUCCUGACUGUCUUUUGUCUGAGUGUAUUUGCCCUCAUUGGCCUCCAGCUCUUUAUGGGCAACCUCCGACAAAAGUGUGUGUUCUGGCCAAUCAGCAACCUCACCGUCACCUACCUGUCCAAUGGGAGCAAGGGCUUCGACUUUGAUGAGUACAUCAUGAAUGACACUAACUUCUACUUCCUGCCGGGAAUGCUAGACGCUUUGCUGUGUGGGAACAGCUCUGAUGCUGGGCGGUGUCCAGAGGGCUACACCUGUAUGAAGGCAGGCCGUAAUCCAAACUACGGGUACACCAGCUUUGACUCAUUCGGUUGGGCCUUCCUUGCUCUCUUCCGACUCAUGACACAGGAUUUCUGGGAAAACCUUUAUCAGCUGACACUGCGAGCGGCAGGAAAGACAUACAUGAUCUUCUUUGUGCUGGUGAUCUUCGUGGGCUCCUUCUACCUGGUGAAUCUGAUCCUGGCUGUGGUGGCCAUGGCCUAUGAGGAGCAGAACCAAGCCACCAUAGAGGAGGCAGAGCAGAAAGAGGCGGAGUUUAAAGCUAUGCUUGAACAGCUCAAGAAACAGCAAGAGGAGGCACAGGCCAAUGCCAUGGCCACCUCAGCAGGGACGGUAUCAGAGGAUGCUGUGGAGGAUGAUGGAGGAGGACGCCUGUCUCGCAGCUCCUCAGAGGUGUCCAAGCUGAGCUCCAAGAGUGCCAAGGAGCGACGGAACCGCAAGAAAAAGAUGAAGAAAGAGCAGGAAAAGGAGAAAGGAGACAGCGAGAAGGUUGUCAAAUCAGAGUCAGACGAGGGCAGCAAGAGUUUCCGUUUCCGUUUCCCUGACAACAGACUGGGCAGGAAACCCUCCAUCAUGAACCAGUCUCUGCUGAGUAUACCUGGCUCGCCCAUGUCUCGCCAUAACAGUCGCAGCAGCAUCUUCAGCUAUAAAGGGCGCUCACGGGAUGUGGGCUCGGAGAAUGAGUUUGCAGAUGACGAGCACAGCACAGUGGAGGAGAGCGAGGAUCGUCGCGGCUCCCUCUUCAUCCCUUACCGACGCAACAGCUACAGCGGCUACAGCCAAGGCUCCUCACGCAUCAACCCACUAGCGCCUCACUCUGGCUGCAAGAGGAACAGCACGGUGGAUUGCAACGGCGUGGUGUCUCUGAUCGGGCCAGGGCCUGGCCGGCUUCUGCCUGAGGUGAAAAUAGAUAAGGCAGCUACUGACGACAGUACCACUGAGGUGGACGUGAAGAGGAAACAUUCAGGCUCUCUUAUGGUGUCAGUGGACCAGCUCAACACGUCUUUUGGACGGAAAGAAAGAGCUAACAGUGUGAUGACCGUCAUCACUAACACACUGGUGGAGGAGCUGGAGGAGUCUCAGAGGAAGUGCCCACCAUGCUGGUACAAGUUUGCUAACACGUUUCUGAUCUGGGAGUGUUGUCCACUCUGGUUGAAAAUUAAGGAGAUAGUAAACCUGAUAGUGAUGGACCCAUUUGUAGACUUAGCCAUAACAAUAUGUAUUGUGCUGAACACCGUCUUCAUGGCCAUGGAGCACUACCCUAUGACGGAACAAUUUGAAGAAGUGCUGAGUGUUGGAAACCUGGUGUUCACAGGUAUUUUCACAGCUGAGAUGUUUGCGAAGCUGAUUGCGAUGGAUCCAUACUACUACUUCCAGGAGGGCUGGAACAUCUUUGAUGGCUUUAUUGUGAGCCUGAGUUUGGUGGAGUUGGGUCUAGCUGAUGUUGAAGGAUUGUCAGUGCUCAGAUCCUUCAGAUUGCUGAGGGUCUUCAAACUGGCUAAGUCAUGGCCCACCCUGAAUAUGCUGAUUAAGAUCAUUGGAAACUCAGUGGGUGCCCUGGGGAACCUGACCCUGGUGCUGGCCAUCAUCGUCUUCAUCUUUGCUGUGGUGGGCAUGCAGCUGUUUGGAAAGAGCUAUAAAGACUGCGUGUGUAAGAUCGCUCAGGACUGCGAGCUGCCACGUUGGCAUAUGAACGACUUCUUCCAUUCCUUCCUCAUUGUGUUCCGCGUGCUGUGUGGAGAGUGGAUUGAGACCAUGUGGGACUGCAUGGAGGUGGCUGGCCAGACCAUGUGUCUCAUUGUUUUCAUGAUGGUCAUGGUCAUUGGAAACUUAGUGGUGCUGAAUCUGUUUCUGGCCUUGUUGCUCAGCUCGUUCAGUGCUGAUAACCUCGCGGCCACAGAUGAUGACGGGGAGAUGAACAACCUGCAGAUCUCAGUCAUCCGCAUCAAGAAGGGCAUCGCUUGGUUAAAAGUGCAUGUACGACUCUUGGUGGCGCAUAUUUUGAAGAAGGCUCCUCUGGAGGACGAAGACAAGCCUUUGGAUGACAUGUAUGACAAGAAACACAACAUCAUAGGAAACCACACAGGUGUGGACAUAAAGUGCGGCGACCUUGACUUUGCUAAGAAUGGUAACGGCACGACCAGCGGGAUUGGCAGCAGUGUGGGGAAGUACAUGAUUGAUGAGGACCGCAUGUCCUUUAUCCACAAUCCUAACCUGACCGUGCGGGUUCCCAUCGCUGUGGGUGAGUCGGACUUUGAGAAUCUGAACACUGAAGACUUCAGCAGCGAGUCGGACGUGGAGAACAGCAAAGAGUUGGAUGACACCAGUUCUUCUGAGGGCAGCACUAUAGACAUAAAGCCUGAUGAAGAGGAGGUGGCUGCUGUGGAGGUUGUGGAGGAAUACCUUGAUCCAGAGCCGUGCUGGACUGAUGCUUGUGUGGCGCGGUAUAAGUGCUGCGACGUGUCCAUCACUGAGGGCUGGGGCAAGCACUGGUGGUACCUGAGAAAAACCUGCUACCUCAUUGUAGAACACAACUGGUUUGAGACCCUCAUCAUCUUCAUGAUCCUGCUCAGCUCUGGGGCUCUGGCGUUUGAGGAUGUGUACAUUGAACAGAGGAAAACCAUUCAGAUCAUCCUAGAAUAUGCAGAUCGAGUCUUCACCUACAUCUUCAUCCUAGAGAUGCUGCUAAAAUGGGUGGCUUACGGCUUUGUCAAAUACUUCACCAAUGCCUGGUGCUGGCUGGACUUCUUCAUUGUGGAUGUGUCUAUAGUCAGCCUUAUAGCUAAUGCGCUGGGGUACUCAGACUUGGGCCCCAUUAAGUCCCUGAGGACUUUAAGAGCCCUCAGGCCUCUGAGAGCUUUGUCCCGGUUUGAGGGCAUGAGGGUUGUGGUGAAUGCUCUGGUGGGAGCCAUCCCCUCCAUUAUGAAUGUGCUGUUGGUGUGUCUUAUCUUCUGGCUCAUCUUCAGUAUCAUGGGGGUCAACUUGUUUGCCGGGAAGUACAACUACUGCUUUAACGAGACAGCAGAGGAGUAUUUUGAUCCGUCGGAUGUCAACAACAAGACGGAAUGUUUUGCACUCAUUAAUGCAAAUUACUCUGAAGUUCGCUGGAAGAACGUCAAGAUCAACUUCGAUAAUGUGGGUGCUGGCUACCUGGCACUUUUGCAAGUGGCCACAUUCAAAGGUUGGAUGGACAUCAUGUAUGCAGCUGUGGAUUCCAGAAAGGUUGAAGACCAGCCACUCUAUGAAGACAAUAUCUACAUGUACAUAUACUUUGUCAUCUUCAUCAUCUUUGGCUCCUUCUUUACACUUAAUCUCUUCAUUGGUGUCAUCAUUGACAACUUCAACCAACAGAAGAAAAAGUUUGGAGGCCAGGACAUCUUCAUGACGGAAGAACAGAAGAAGUACUACAAUGCUAUGAAGAAACUGGGCUCUAAGAAACCCCAGAAGCCCAUCCCCAGGCCACAGAACAACAUUCAGGGCAUGGUGUUUGACUUUGUCACGCAGCAAGCCUUUGACAUCUCCAUCAUGAUGCUCAUUUGUCUGAACAUGGUCACUAUGAUGGUGGAAACAGAUGACCAGUCACAAGAGACAGAGAACAUCCUGUACCGGGUCAACUUUGUCUUUAUUGUGGUUUUCACUGGAGAGUUUGUGCUGAAGCUCUUUGCACUACGUCAUUACUAUUUCACCAAUGGCUGGAACAUCUUUGACUGCGUUGUGGUGAUUUUGUCUAUUGUAGGUAUGUUCCUGGCAGACCUGAUCGAGAAGUACUUUGUGUCACCUACUCUGUUCAGGGUGAUCCGUCUGGCUCGAAUCGGCCGCAUCCUGCGUUUAAUCAAAGGAGCCAAGGGCAUCCGGACUUUACUGUUUGCUUUGAUGAUGUCACUUCCUGCCCUAUUCAACAUUGGCCUGCUGCUCUUCCUGGUUAUGUUCAUCUUCUCCAUCUUCGGCAUGUCCAACUUUGCAUAUGUGAAAAGGGAGGUUGGCAUUGACGACAUGUACAAUUUUGAAACUUUUGGAAACAGUAUGAUAAUCUUGUUUAUGAUCACCACGUCAGCCGGAUGGGACGGCUUGCUGGCACCCAUCCUCAACUACCCCCCUGACUGCAACCCUUCCAAGGAAAACCCAGGAACCACAGUGAAGGGUGACUGUGGUAACCCUUCAGUGGGAAUCUUCUUCUUUGUAAUGUACAUCAUUGUGUCCUUCCUGAUUGUAGUAAAUAUGUACAUUGCCAUUAUCCUGGAGAACUUCAGCGUUGCAACAGAAGAGAGCGCUGACCCGUUGUGUGAGGAUGACUUUGAGUCCUUCUAUGAAAUCUGGGAGAAAUUUGACCCAGAUGCCUCACAGUUUAUCACCUUUGCCAAGCUGCCAGACUUUGCAGAUACAUUGGAGCACCCUCUACGUGUGCCUAAGCCCAAUAUAAUCGAGCUGAUCGCCAUGGAUCUGCCCAUGGUCAGUGGAGACCGCAUCCACUGCCUGGACAUUCUGUUUGCUUUCACCAAGCGUGUGCUGGGUGACAGCGGCGAUCUGGACAUGAUGCGUCAGCAAAUGGAGGAGCGCUUUGUGGCGGCAAAUCCUUCCAAAGUUUCAUACGAGCCUAUUACCACCACACUGCGCCGCAAGCAGGAGGAGGUGUCAGCCGUGGUCAUCCAGAGGGCGUACCGGGCCCACUUGGCUCGCAGAGGCUUCGUCUGCAAACGCCAGCCUGCCAACAACAAGCUGGAAAACGGAGGGACAAAUCAGGAGAAGAGGGAGAGCACGCCCUCUACUGCGUCCCUGCCAUCCUACGACAGCGUAACCAAGCCGGAGAAGGAGAAGCAAGACGACAACAACGAAGGCAAAGGGCGUAAGGAGAAGGGCCGAAACCAAAAAGAUGUCAGGGAAUCCAAAUGUUAAAGCUGCAGCAGUGAAACACACAAACACUAACAACGGUCAUGAUAAUAGAAUAACAAUAACAACUCUAAUUCAAGCAAGACAAAUGGAAACCCUGAACCAAACUACACAGAUGUACAGAUUAAUUUCAUUUGCAAGUAACAAAAUGAUAUAAAAAAAAUCCAAGAUUAAAGGAACAAAACAAAAAAUUGUUUACAAACUUCACAGGUUGUAUGGAUGCGGCGGAAAGCGUUGGGGUUUCUUCAAGCUUGACUCUUAAAAGUUAAACCAAACAUAAUCAGCUUCCUGUGUGACACUGUUGCAUCAAGACUUGAUUUAAACAACAUCAAAUAGGAAUUUAACAAAGGAUUGAUACUUGAUAUCGUGUAUUAGAGGGCUACUCUGCGCUUCAGGACAGAACUCGUUACUAAGCAGGAAUAUGAGAAACCAAGGGAAAACUGGGAUUCACAGCAUGGUGUUCCCCACAUCUGGAGAAUCCCGUGCUUAUGCAGUGCGUCUAUGGAAUUUCCGUCAAGGAAACAAACACUGCUUAUUAUGGAAGAAUCAGCUUCCAUAAGCGGACAGCGGAGGAGUCUGUGCCGCUUCAUUUCACAAAUAUGUGGAUGAACUCAAAAAUGAUUGUACGAAUGAGCAGGGAUCAGAGUGUGAUACACAAAACUUAGAGCUUGGCUGAUUCAAAUGGUAUCUUUGUGUUUGUCAGCACUAAAUAUACUUUACAUGGUCUUUACAUUAUUUGAGCGGCAAAAAAAGGAAAAAGGGGAGGAACAACAACAACAAAAAAAAAAUCAACAUUUAACAUUUUGCCCAUGUCACCCUCAGUAACUGUCAUCAUAUCUUUGUUAUACUUGCAUCAAAAGGCUUUUUUCUACAUGGGCUUUCACACUGAUAGGAUAGGGGGCAAUUACCAGGGGCCUCCAAUACACAUCUCCAAAUGAAUAAUAAAUUAUUGUGCUUGUUCAAUGCAUAGAAAUGACUUGCAUGAUGGCAUGUUUUGAUCAGAAAUCUUGCAUGAGUAAUCAUAGUCCACAAGACACUAAUACAGACCACCACAGUGGCUUGACAAUACGUUAAAGGCUGUCCACUGGCUAAAUUUACUACCAGGAAUUGAGUAUAAUCUGAGAACUAAAUUGGCUGAAGACACUAAAUUACAUUGUGUCCUUUACUUGUCUCUGUUACGUACACUAUAAAAUAGAUCAACUUUGGGUUUUUGGCUUCAGUACCUAUAGAGAGCCUAUAAACAAUCAGUGGCUUUUGAUGAAAUGAUUGAUAGCAAUGUGGCACAUUUGUGAGGUGAACGGGACUAAAGAGGGACAUCCUAUUUUUUUGCUGCUCAGGAGGUUGUGAAUGAACAAAUGGAAUGUUGGAAUGUGUAUGGAAUGGGAAAUGAUUCUAGGAAAAAAGAACACUGUAAAUCCUAAAAGGUUCUUAUUUUAUUUGUAUGCAGCAAUAUCGCUUAGCUUGCCUACAGUGCUGGCCCACUGUGGGUCACAU